CUCAAGAUUCAGUGGAAAUUGAAAUUUGGAGUUCCGACAGCAGCAGUCAAGACGAACGACUUUCGGCCGACGAAGAAGUGAAGAUGGGCGAUGAAGAGACGAAGAUUGAAGUACAACAUGACCCUCAAUGAAGCCAUGGGUGGUCAACAUCCUGAUAUGGGAAAGUUCGUCGUGGUUCUAGAGCAAGAAAGUCAGCGGUACGUCAACGCACUGUCGGAUAUCGCCAACCGAAGACAAAGUACUCCAAGGCGUGUCAGGGCCCGCACUUCCCUAAACCAAGAGCAGGGUUCGAGCGCUGACGAAAGCGAAGCGGCUUCACUGGCUUCUGUGCAAUCCAUGUCGCCCAAGUACUAACGCUCUGUGGUGCUGUAAGCUCAGGCUGAAGGAUUUUUACAUAUACAAUUAGGAAUUUAACUAUAGAUAAUAGGAAAUUUAAAUUUCAU